AGCCGGCUCACCGCGUCUCCGGAUAGCUGUUGGGGAUAGAAAGGGAGAGGCUCUCAGUCCAAUUGGGAAAAAUUAGGGUUCUCGGAUAUCGCUGCCAAUCCUUGAAAGCAAACUUAUGGCAUUAAUGGCGAUGACCACGAUCGGCCCAAGAGUUCCAUUUCAACGAAUUAGAGCUCCUCGGGUGAUGGUUUUGAUGCGUGCAGAAACAAGUGUUUCUUUCAAUAAAACUGUCGAUAAUGUUGCUAUUGGUAAUGCAUGGGAAGGUCCGUACCAGAGGUUAUUAUUUUCUUGUGGAAGAGACUAUAUGUCUUUGUCCUGGCCCACAUUUGCGACUGGUUCAGGUUUAGAAGCAUCAAUUACAGAUCAAAAGAAGAAUGACUUGUCAUUGGACAACGUUAAGAUAGUUGUCGAGUCACGUGAUGAUGAUAAGAUUCAUGUAAGAGUGGACUUGACUGGAGAGGAGACACAAAAGGCAUUUGACGAUAUUUUGACAAAUUUGGCCCGUACUGCACCACCUAUUCCAGGGUUUCGUAGAACGAAAGGAGCAUCUAGAGAUGAUAUGAUUUCUACAUGUCCAAAUUUGUCAAAGUCUGACUCAAGAUUUUUUCCCCCUCAAUGUUCGCGGGAUGACUCAAGGAAAAACAACCAAUGUACCGAAAAGCUUUCUAUUGCAGGUCCUUGGGAAAGACCGUGUUACCAAAUUCCUCAUCGAGGAUAUUGUUGGCAUAACCAUUGGAGACUAUGUAGAGAAGGAAAAACUGAAGGUAAAGAGCCGGUUUAAGACAACUCAAACAGUGGAAGAACUUGAAUCAGCUUUUACACCAGGGAGUGAAUUUGGAUUCAAUGCUACUAUUGAUUUUGAUAAAUCAGAUCUUGAAGCUACCAGCCCAGGCUCCUCUUAGCCUUGCACCCGCGAAUUCAUUUUCCUAUGCUUGUUUAUUUUACAAAAAUUAAAAAUUCAUUCCUCCAUGGUAUUGAUUAGGUCGCUUUCCUAAACAACAUAAUGUAGAUCUUAUUAAAAUGCCAAAGCAUUCUCUUCAGAGAAAUCCAAUGACUUGUUAUAAUCAUGUUGCCUGGAUGCUUAUAGAGAUUUUCUUUUUCAUGAAUACGAUCUUGUAGUGGAUGAAUUAGAAAAAA